AGCCACAGAGAAGCAAUGGCCUGUUUGGGUGUCCUGUCUUCAGGCAUUGUAUGGCUUUCUCUGUUCACCAUCUUUGUCAGUAUACCAUUAGCUACCAGUGAUGAUCAUGAAAAUGAUCGACAAACUCUCCUUUGCUUCAAGUCCCAGCUCUCAGGUCCAACAGGAGUACUAGAUUCAUGGAGCAAUGCAUCCUUGGAGUUCUGCAGUUGGCAUGGUGUUACUUGCAGUACACAAUCUCCCCGUCGUGUCGCUUCAAUAGACUUGGCAUCAGAAGGCAUCUCUGGCUUCAUAUCACCCUGCAUUGCCAACCUCACCUUCCUUACAAGGUUGCAACUAUCAAACAAUAGCUUCCAUGGCAGCAUACCAUCUGAGCUCGGCCUACUCAGCCAACUCAACACCCUCAACCUCAGCACGAACGCUCUAGAAGGUAACAUUCCUUCUGAACUUUCUUCGUGCUCCCAACUUGAAAUCCUAGAUUUGUCAAACAAUUUCAUCCAAGGUGAAAUACCAGCUAGCCUAAGUCAAUGCAAUCAUCUUAAAGAUAUUGACCUCAGCAAGAACAAGCUCAAGGGGAUGAUCCCUUCUGAUUUUGGGAACUUGCCAAAGAUGCAAAUAAUUGUUCUCGCCAGCAAUAGGCUCACCGGCGACAUACCACCAUCUUUAGGAAGUGGCCAUUCACUCACAUAUGUUGAUCUUGGGAGCAAUGAUCUCACAGGGAGCAUCCCAGAGUCCUUGGUGAACAGUUCAUCUCUUCAAGUACUUGUCCUCACAAGCAAUACCCUUAGUGGAGAACUCCCUAAGGCUUUGUUCAACUCCUCAUCUCUUAUUGCUAUUUACCUCGACGAGAAUAGUUUUGUUGGUUCUAUACCACCUGCUACUGCCAUUUCUCUCCCUUUAAAAUAUCUUUACUUAGGCGGUAACAAACUAUCAGGAACAAUACCUUCCUCCUUAGGAAAUCUUUCCUCCUUACUUGAUCUGAGCCUUACACGGAACAAUUUAGUCGGGAACGUCCCAGAUAGUUUAGGUCUUAUUCCAAAACUAGAUCUGCUGAACUUGAAUGCAAACAACUUAAUUGGGCAUGUUCCAUCAUCUAUCUUCAACAUGUCAUCCCUGACAAUUCUAACCAUGGCAAACAACUCACUCAUAGGGGAAUUACCAUCAAACUUAGGUUACACACUCCCAAACAUUGAAACAUUAGUUCUGUCCAAUAAUAGGUUCAAAGGAUUCAUCCCACCUACUCUUCUGAAUGCUUCCGACCUGAGUUUGCUUUACAUGCGCAAUAAUAGUCUUACUGGGCUCAUUCCAUUCUUUGGAUCAUUGAAAAAUUUGAAGGAACUUAUGCUGUCAUACAACAAGCUGGAAGCAGCUGACUGGAGCUUUAUUUCUUCACUAUCAAAUUGCUCCAAAUUGACUAAACUAUUGAUAGAUGGGAACAAUCUCAAAGGCAAACUGCCCCACUCCAUUGGCAAUCUUUCCAGUAGUCUCAAGUGGUUGUGGAUAAGAGACAACAAAAUUUCUGGGAAUAUACCACCAGAGAUAGGCAAUCUAAAGAGCUUAGAAAUGUUGUACAUGGAUUACAAUCUUUUGACGGGUGAUAUACCCCCAACGAUUGGAAAUUUGCACAACUUGGUUGUUCUAGCCAUUGCCCAAAACAAAUUAUCAGGUCAAAUCCCUGAUACGAUUGGCAACCUUGUUAAGCUAACUGACCUGAAGUUGGAUCGGAAUAACUUUAGUGGAGGAAUACCUGUGACUCUAGAGCAUUGUACUCAACUGGAAAUACUCAACCUUGCCCAUAAUUCACUAGAUGGGAGAAUACCAAACCAGAUCUUCAAAAUUUCCUCCUUUUCCCAGGAGUUGGACCUGUCACACAACUACUUAUAUGGAGGAAUACCAGAGGAAGUUGGCAAUCUCAUUAAUCUGAAAAAACUUAGCAUCUCAGACAACAGGUUGUCCGGCAACAUUCCAUCCACUCUCGGCCAGUGUGUUGUUCUGGAGUCUCUUGAGAUGCAAAGCAACUUGUUUGCAGGAAGCAUACCAAAUUCUUUUGAGAACUUGGUAGGCAUCCAGAAGUUAGAUAUUUCACGGAACAACAUGUCUGGAAAAAUACCAGAUUUUCUUGGAAACUUCAGUUUACUAUAUGAUCUCAAUUUAUCAUUCAACAAUUUUGAUGGAGAAGUUCCAGCAAACGGUAUUUUUCGUAAUGCUAGUGUGGUAUCAAUGGAAGGUAAUAAUGGCUUGUGUGCAAGAACAUUAAUAGAAGGUAUACCUCUUUGCUCAACACAAGUUCACAGGAAAAGAAGACACAAGUCUCUGGUUCUAGUCCUAGUGAUAGUAAUACCAAUUAUUUCUAUUGCUAUCAUUUGUUUAAGCUUUGCUGUAUUUCUUUGGAGGAAGAGAAUACAGGUGAAGCCAAAUUUGCCACAGUGUAAUGAGCAUAAGUUGAAGAAUAUAACAUAUGAGGACAUUGCCAAGGCGACGAAUAUGUUUUCUCCAGAUAACUUAAUUGGCUCAGGAUCAUUUGCAAUGGUUUAUAAGGGUAAUCUAGAGCUUCAGGAAGACGAAGUUGCUAUCAAGAUUUUUAACCUUGGUACAUAUGGAGCACAUAAGAGCUUCAUUGCAGAGUGUGAAACACUAAGAAAUGUCCGCCAUCGAAAUCUUGUGAAAAUAGUGACUUUAUGUUCUUCAGUGGAUGCCACUGGGGCAGACUUCAAAGCCCUGGUGUUCCAAUACAUGCGAAAUGGGAACCUAGACACAUGGCUACAUCCAAAGGCUCAUGAACUUAGUCAAAGAAAGGCUCUAAAUAUUUGCCAAAGAGUUAAUAUAGCCUUGGAUGUGGCGUUUGCAUUAGAUUAUCUUCAUAACCAGUGUGCAACUCCACUAAUACAUUGUGACUUAAAGCCAAGCAAUAUUCUUUUGGACCUCGACAUGGUUGCAUAUGUCAGUGACUUUGGCCUAGCAAGAUUUAUAUGCAAUAGAUUGACUGCCAAUCAAGAUACCUCGACAAGUUUGCCUUGCCUAAAAGGAUCAAUCGGAUACAUUCCGCCAGAGUAUGGCAUGAGCAAGGAUAUCUCAACCAAGGGUGAUGUCUACAGUUUUGGAAUACUUUUGUUAGAAAUUAUUACUGGGAGAAGCCCAACUGAUGAAAUAUUUAAUGGAAGCACAACUCUGCAUGAAUUUGUUGACAGAGCAUUUCCCAACAAUAUCAGCAAGGUAAUUGAUCCAACAAUGCUACAAGAUGACCUGGAAGCAACUGAUGUAAUGGAGAAUUGUAUCAUUCCGUUGAUCAAAAUAGGCCUAUCUUGUUCUAUGCCACUGCCAAAAGAACGACCGGAAAUGGGACAAGUUUCUACCAUGAUUCUUGAAAUCAAGAACGCAGCCUCCACAGGCAUGCUUGAUUAAGCUAAGACCUGGCAGGUCCUGUUUCAUGUAUAG